CCGCCGCCGCCGCCGCGGUUGCCCAGCGUCAGUGCCGGGAGGAGCCGCCGCCUCGGCCCCCUCAGGUGUCGGCGUCUGUGGCGCAGCCCGCCUCCCGCGGUGUCAGGGGGAGCCCCUGCGGGCCCCGCGGCGCGCGGAGGAGAUGCCGCUCUUCGCCACCAACCCCUUCGACCAGGAUGUGGAGAAAGCGACCAGUGAGAUGAAUACUGCUGAGGAUUGGGGCCUCAUUUUGGAUAUAUGUGAUAAAGUUGGUCAGUCGCGUACUGGACCUAAAGAUUGUCUUCGCUCCGUCAUGAGGAGGGUGAACCACAAGGACCCUCAUGUCGCCAUGCAGGCCUUGACUCUUCUAGGUGCAUGUGUAUCAAACUGCGGCAAAAUUUUUCACUUAGAAGUAUGUUCAAGGGAUUUUGCUAGUGAAGUAAGCAACGUAUUAAAUAAGGGUCAUCCUAAAGUGUGUGAAAAACUAAAGGCUCUUAUGGUUGAAUGGACAGAUGAAUUUAAGAAUGAUCCACAGCUUAGUCUAAUAUCAGCAAUGAUAAAGAACCUUAAGGAGCAAGGAGUUACAUUUCCAGCCAUUGGGUCCCAGGCUGCCGAACAAGCAAAAGCAAGUCCAGCUCUGGUCGCCAAGGAUCCCGGUACUGUGGCUAACAAAAAGGAAGAAGAAGAUUUAGCAAAAGCCAUUGAGUUGUCUCUGAAAGAACAAAGGCAGCAAUCAACCACGCUUUCUGCUUUGUAUCCCAGUACGUCCAGUCUCUUAACUAACCACCAACACGAAGGCCGCAAAGUUCGUGCUAUAUAUGACUUUGAAGCUGCUGAAGAUAAUGAACUGACUUUUAAGGCUGGAGAAAUUAUUACAGUUCUUGAUGACAGUGAUCCCAAUUGGUGGAAGGGUGAAACCCAUCAAAGCAUGGGGUUGUUUCCUUCUAAUUUUGUGACUGCAGAUCUCACUGCUGAACCAGAAAUGAUUAAAACAGAGAAGAAGACGGUACAAUUCAGCGAUGAUGUUCAGGUAGAAACAAUAGAACCAGAGCCAGAACAAGCCUAUAUAGAUGAAGACAAAAUGGACCAGUUGUUACAGAUGCUGCAGAGCGCGGACCCCAGUGAUGACCAGCCCGACCUUCCGGAGUUGCUGCAUCUGGAAGCAAUGUGUCACCAAAUGGGACCUCUCAUUGAUGAAAAGCUGGAAGAUAUUGAUAGGAAACAUUCAGAACUCUCAGAGCUUAAUGUCAAAGUGAUGGAGGCACUUUCCUUAUAUACCAAGUUAAUGAAUGAAGACCCCAUGUAUUCCAUGUAUGCAAAAUUGCAGAAUCAGCAGUAUUACAUGCAGCCCUCUGGAGUUUCUGGUUCUCAGGUAUAUCCGGGGCCGCCUCCAAGUGGCACGUACUUGGUUGCAGGGAACGCACAGAUGAGCCAUCUCCAGAACUACAGCCUCCCCCCCGAGCAGCUGUCCACGCUCAGCCAAGGAGCAGUUCCACCACCCGCAAACCCGGUGCUUCCCAGCCAGCAGGCCCAGGCUUCUUACCCUAACACAAUGGUCGGUUCUGUUCAAGGAGGCACGUAUCCCGCCCAGGCUUCAGUCUACAGUCCUCCUCCUGUUGCUGCUGCAGCCGCCGCUGCCGACGUCACGCUCUACCAGAACGCGGGAACUGCUCUGUCCCAGGUGCCAAGCUACAGCCUCACGUCGACGCUGCCUCAGGCUGCUGUCUCCCAGCAGCCCCCUCAGCCCCAGCAGCCGUAUUCUCAGAAGGCUCUGCUAUAGGACUCCGGCUUCCCUGCUGGCCUGUGCCUGCUCGCCGCCCUUGACAGUGUCUCGGGCUUCUUCAUAUCUUAAGACUUGUUUAUCCUCAGCGUAUAGGAAUCUGUCUGGGCCAGAAGUUCAGAUACUCAAGAAGGUAGAACUCUCUUGGAUUUGCACUGACUUAUUAGAGGUUCUCCCUUCUUUCCCCAGAAGAACGAAGCUACUCACAACAUGGAAUUAACUUUCAUAAUAUGAAAGGAAUGAGACGAGAUUGUCUUGUACAAAAUACUCAGUCUACAAAAUGUCAAACUUACAAAAAGCUGUUUUGGCAAAUAUUCUGUGCGUGUAUAUAUAUACAUAUAUAGAGAGAUGUGUAACUUCAUUAGUGGUCAUUUUGAAUCACAGUGGUGAUCAUGUGAAUAUAUUUAACACUGUUAAAUUAAUUUACGUUGCUAUUAUAUUUUAAUCAUGAACAACUACCAUGUUUCAUAAUUUUUGUGUAAAUUUAAGAUAAUCUCUUAAACUGCAGGACAAAGUGGUAGCCUAUUUACAUGAGGUCAUCCUCUUGCCCAUGUUUCGUGUUAAACUACAUUUCCUUCCAUUGUGAGCUGAAUUAUGUCCCGCACCUUCUGUCGCCUCUUUCUGCAGCCUCUGUACUACUAGCUGUCAUCACACCAGCGCACAGUAGCAAAAUUUGGUGCAAUUAGAACAAAUGAUGCUGUUCCCUUUAAACUGUUAUAUUUUGGCAUGAUAUUUCAGGAUAUUGUGGGACCAUAAGACACAGUUAAGUGGGAUCAUAUUCUUUAUACCUUUCUUUGUCCUGGGUGAAGACUAGGUUUUUUAAAGCUGUAUACUGUGUUUUUUGAUGGCAGCGACACCAAAGAUAGAGGCAAUGAAUAGAAAUUUUUUAACUGGAAAGAAAACGUGAAUCACACUACAUUUUCAAAUCUGUUGUCAUUCUUUAGAAUAUAAAUAAGAUUUGACUCCUCUGUCUUAUCUAUCCCAUUAGUGGUCUUUUAAAUAUGUGUGUCUUUAGUGCUUUGUAUUCUUUAAUUCUCAUUAAAAUGGAUUUAAGUAGAUGUUUCAAAGUAAUCUCUAUUCCUGGCUUUUCUUAAUGAUUUUAUUGUUACCUUUCAAACUGGUUUGGGGGCCUGUUCUCUUUCUCUCAAACUUCUAACAUGUUUGUUUUGGCUUCCUAUUCAGGUGGAUUUUUAAAUUUUUCUUUCAAACCAUACAAAAUAUGUUCUCCACUGACAUUUCAAUCUUCUUGAAUAUAAUUUCCCUAAUGUGCUAUACUAUUACUUAACACUGUUAUUUAAACAACUGAGAAAACGAAUUGAGUGUCUUGGUAAAUCAGUUGAUAUAACAGAUUCCAUAUAUAAUUCCAUAUUAUAAUAUAACAGAUUCCAUAUUAUAAUUAUAAUUGAUUCGUUGUUGGCAAGUAAUCUUAAUGGUGACUGACUUUAGAGAUUCAAAUCUGGAGCACCAUCUUCAGUUUAAGUGUUUCACUCUGGUGUUACGUUUUCCUGAGUUUAGAGGAUAUCGUUCUCAAAUUGAAAAGAUAAAAUUUGAAUUCAUAUUUAUUGUAAUCUUUUCUAUUCCAAUUUGAAAAUUCUACUUUAUCUGGUAUUGUCCCCAUGUCAUGUUUUUUCUUUGAUACAUUUCUUUACCUGCAGCAAAUUUAUCGUUUCCCAUAUUACUUUGAUUGACUUUGUGCUGUAAAAUUAAUUAUGUAUUCUCUGGUAUGCUUUUUGCCCUGUAAAAGUCAAAGAAUGUAAGGGGGAAAGAAGCUACCAUAUUACAGUGCAUGUACAUUUUCUUAUUCUUAGGCUUAAAAAAGUUUAAACGAUGAAUACUUGAAAUGUAUACUUCAUUAUUUUGUGCUUUUCAUUUAUUAGGUACAAAGAUGUCAGAUGGAAAAAAGUGAUAUGUCAGGUAGAAAAAUUCCAACAAAGACGAACACUGAUUUUUUUGAGUAAUGUGAUCAGGGCCAGUUAGGAGCCAAAUGAUUUUGUUUGGAAAACUAGUAUAUGUCUUGCACUUCCAGAAUAAUUUAGCUGCCUCCUUUUGAGAGGAGUCUUACAUUUGAGAUAAGUUCAUUAUAAUGUGAAUUUCUGUGAAGCAAAUUUUACUUCUCAGUUUAGUAAUUUUAAAAGUUUGGGGUUCUCAUAAAAACCCAAUCUAGUUCAUUACAUGGCAUAAGUCGCUAGAAAUCCCCAUGACCAAUUGGAUAUAAUAAUAUAUCAGUGCCCUGUACUUGGUGGGAGUAGUCUGUGGUAUGUACUUCAUGGAAUUUUACUGUCUUUCCUAACUAUGCUCCUCCCUUCCCUUCCUGUUACCUGUCUCUUCUGUUCAGUAAGAGACCUUUUUAUGUGCCUAGAGAUUUCCUUCUUUAUAUUAAAAACUACUGGAACUUUGAUUCUGUACUUUUUAAUUCUUGUAUCUAAUGUGCUUAUUAAACUACCAAUUCAUUUCUGUUAUUUACAGCUUUCACACGGGUUAUGUAUAAUUCAGCUGAAAAAUAUUUUCAGUCCAAAGUUUCAGAUUUACAUUUUGUGUAAAUGUAAAUUUACACUCACACUAUGUGUCAAGUUAGUGUCCCGUAUGGUCUCCCGUGUUGGUUACAGUUGGUCAGACUUUUGCUCAUUACAUUCAAACCAAGGUUUUCUCUCUCCUAUCUGGAUUUACUUAGUAAUUGGUCUGAGGAUUAGUAACCAAAUUGUAGUUUGCAGUUUUACUCUGGCAACAUUUUUAUUUUCUAAGUUAAUUUUUUUUUUGUUUGGUUAAUGCUACACCCCUUAGAAUAAAAAUGCGCAGAAGAAACUAUUUCCUUGAACGUCUUGUUUGCAGUUAUCUUUCAUUUUAGAUUGAUGUUUAGAAUGUGUUUGUCAAGUGUCAAUAGAUACUAUAUUCUGUACAUUUUUGAUAUGUUCUGAAUACAGUUUCAUGUAUUCUUUUUA